CUCUCGCUCGGGGGGCGGCGAGCGCCCGGGAGCGGCCGGCGGGGCGCGAGAUACCCGGACUGAACUCCAAUGUCCAGCAAUGGAUGACGACAGCCUGGAUGAGCUUGUGGACCAAAGCCCGGGACCCGAUGUACACCCGCGACUCAGUGCUGCCAGCCUGGCCAGUGACACUGAGGAGAGCAGUGACGAUGACAGCGGGGGCUCCGCGGACGACGUGGGCAGCGAGCUCAGCGAUGGCACGGAAGGAGAAGACGAGGGGGACCUGGAGGAGGGGUCUGGAUCUGAGGAUUCUGAAGACGAGGAGGACAUGGAAGUAGUGGCGGCGGCAGACACUCAGGGGAAGCUGGAGUCCAGCGGCGCAUUUAAUUCUGAUGACGAUACCGAGAGCUGCCCAAUUUGUCUCAACGCUUUCAGGGACCAGGCUGUGGGGACGCCGGAGAACUGUGCCCAUUACUUCUGCCUGGACUGUAUCGUGGAAUGGUCCAAGAAUGCCAAUUCUUGUCCAGUCGAUCGGACCAUCUUUAAAUGCAUUUGUAUCCGAGCCCAGUUUGGUGGAAAAGUACUGAAGAAGAUCCCAGUGGAGAGCGCCAGAGCCAGAGAGGAGGAAGAGGAGGACCCGACCUUCUGUGAGGUGUGUGGCCGCAGUGACCGGGAGGACCGCCUGCUCCUCUGCGAUGGCUGUGACGCUGGGUACCACAUGGAGUGUUUGGAGCCCCCCCUGCAGGAGGUGCCGGUGGACGAGUGGUUCUGUCCAGAAUGUGCCGGCCCUGGAGUCGCUGCCCCUCCUGCAGAAGCAGACCCCGUGACCGAGGAGGAGGUCUCCCUGCUCUUGGUUGAUGUGGUGCCCACCGCCAGCCGGCUGCGGCCUCGUGCAGGGCGGAUCCGGGCCAUCGCCAGGACUCGGCAGAGCGAGCGCGUCCGAGCCACCGUGAACCGGAACCGCAUGUCCACUGCCCGGACCUUUGAGCAUGUCCCGAGGUACCUGGUGUCUUCUCUGCUCGACGAGACCAUCGAAGCUGUUGCCUCUGGUCUAAGCACUGCGGUGUAUCAGCGCCCCACGAGGCUGCGUGUCCCCGCCAAGCGGAGGAGGAGAGCAAGAAGACGGAAGAAAGUGCUGGGGAGGAAGAAAACGCAGGCCAGACCCACCGUGAGAAGCAGGAGCUCUGGGACAAGGUCCAAGAGACGCCAGGGCCGCGUGAAGAAGAGGAAAGGGAAGAAGCUAGAGAGUGAAGCCACAGCGCGUCGUCGCAUUGCGCGGACCCUGGGCCUCCGGAGACCGGCCCACGGGGCCUGCAUCCCGUCCGUGUACAAGCCUGCGGACCCCUCCCUGGGGCUGAUGCGAGCGGACAUCGGGGCCGCCUCUCUCUCUCUGUUUGGAGACCCCUAUGAGCUGGACCCUUUCGACAGCAGCGAAGAGCCAUCGGCCAGUCCCGCUUCCCCUCUGAGUGCCAAGAGGAGGGUGCUGUCCCGCUCGGCCCUGCAGUCUCACCAGCCUGUGGCCAGGCCCGUCUCCAUGGGGCUCUCCAGGAGGAGCAUUCCUGCCGCAGUGCCCGAGCCGGACAUGGACCAGGCCCCUGUCCCUGACCUGCUGGGCAGCAUCCUGUCGGGCCAGAGCCUCCUGAUGAUGGACAGCGCCGACAUCACCAUCCACCGAGACGGCUCCCUGAGCGCCAAGCGGGCAGCACCUGUUUCUUUUCAGCGAAACUCAGUUGGUCUGUCCCGAGGGGGAGAAGACCCUGGGCCCAGGGACAGCCUGCAGCCCACAGCACCAUGCUCGGGGCACCUGGGAAGCCUGGGGUCUCGCUGUCAAGGCAGGUCCACCCCUUCCUGUGUCCCUGCGCUCACAUUGGGGGCUGCAGUGAGACUGGACUCCUCAGUGACCCCUCCUUCAGGCCAGGCUCAGAACUUAGUGAACGUGAGCAGUCCUGGCUUAAAGCGACAUGACGACACCCGAGUCGGCAACAGAAAGCACUCUGCGCCUCUUGGAUUCACACCUAAGGUCUCAGAUGGCUCCAGCUUGCCAGCCAAGGGUGCCGUGCCCGGACAGACCCCAAAGCCAGCUCCCAGAAGGACGGACAUCUCCCAGCUCCCCAGGAUACCAAAGAUGAGAAGGGACGGCAGCGGGCGAGCGGACACAGCCCCCGUCCCUGCGGGUGGGCAGCGUGCCGACAUCCCCAGCUCCUGCAUCAGCCGGCUGACUGGCAGGGAGGGCCCCGGGCAGCCUGGCCUUGGUGCCCAGGCCGAGGGCGAGCCCCGCGGCAGGGCCCCACAGGAGCCCAGCGUGCACUCGGGAGGCGGUGCUCAGCCCCCGGCCCCGCUGGGACCCUCGAGGGGGAAGGGUGGCAGCUCGACCUUCGAGAGUUUCCGGAUCAAUAUUCCAGGGAACACAGCGCAUUCCAGCAGGCUCUCCAGCCCUGGCUUCUGCCACACCUUCCGGCCUGUGGACAAUAAGGUGCAGAGGAAAGAGAACCCCUCACCCCUCUUCUCCCUCAGGAAGACUAAGCAGCUCAAGAGUGAGAUCUACGACCCGUCUGACCCCACGGGCUCUGACUCUGGUUCUGCAGGUAGCAGCCCCGAGCACCUGGGCGCUGGUCUCCUGCCCUCAGAGAUCACCCGCACCAUCUCCAUUGAUAGCCCCAAGGCCCUGCCCUUGCAGACCGUGCGCUGCGUCACCUCCUACACAGUGGAAACUGUCUUUGGGACGGAGCCUGAGCCCUCUCGGGGGCCUUCCUCCAGCAUGCCGAAGCUGCGGGACGAGGGGCCUGCAGACGGGCUGGGUGAGGAGGAGCCUGCAGGAGGCCCCGACUCAGAGCCCCGGGCGCGAAGGCUGUCCCCUCUGGAGCCCUGGGACGACGAGGACCAGCCGCCCCAUAGCACCUUCUUUGGCUCUGAGGAGCGUCUGGUGACCUGUGUGACUGUGGUGGAGCCGGACGCCCCCCUGACGACCACCCACAGAAUCGUGGAGCUGCGGUCCCCAUCCCGCUCCCGCUCCACAUCCAGCUCCCGCGGCAGAGAUCCGGACAGGAGGAAGCAGGCCGCCACCCAGGAGCGUCGGAGGGCUCGCUCACGCCCCCGCUCGGGCUCCCGCUCUGGGGACAGGAGCUCCAGGUCGAUGUCACCACGGGUGGGUGAGGACCACACCAGGAGGCACGGGGCCAAGGUCAGGGUCCGGAGGUCUUCCAGCGACGGCUCCAGCAGCCACGAGCGAGCCAAGAGGAAGAAGGCCAAGGACAAGAGCAGGGAGAGGAAGAGAGACUCCCGGGGGCGAUGCCGGCGGAGGUCCCGGUCCCGGUCCCGGUCCCGGUCGCACUCUGGCAGCCCUGGCAGCUCCCCGCAGGAGCAUCGCGAGAGCAGGAGGAAGAAGAGGCGCUCGGGGUCCAGGUCUCAGGGCAGGGGCUGCUCUCCCCCCAGCAGCCUGGAGAGGGCCUGGAGGCCACGCCGUCCCAGGGAGAGGAGCCGCGAGCGGCCCCGAGACAGGCGAGGCUCCCACGAGAGGAGGAAGCACAGGUCCAGGUCCCCCAGCGCCGAGCACAGGUCCCGGGAGCAUCGGCGGCCUCGUUCCCGUGAGAAGCGGCCUCGGCCUCGCUCCCGCUCCCGCUCCCGCUCCCCGGAGAGGAAGUUGCCUGUGAAGGAGGGUUCCCCAGCGCCCCUUCCCCAGGAGCACCCAGCCAGGCCACCAGCCUCAGCAGGAGCUGAGUCCGACAAGGCCCCUCCGAAGGCUCCCCUUGUGCCAGAGGUGCCGGGCGAAUGUCCCCCCGAGGACCUGGACUAUGGCGACUCUGUCGAGGCGGGGCAUGUCUUUGAGGAUUUCUCAAGUGAAGGCAUCUUCAUGCAGCUCGAUGACAUGAGCUCCCCACCCUCCCCGGAGAGCACGGACUCGUCCCCAGAGCGGGGUUUUCCACUCAGCCCAGCGGCGCCCUCCGCCAGCCAGCAUCCAGACACCAGCCUGGCUAUGGCUGUCAUCAGAAGGGAGGUGUCGCUGAUCCAUAGUGAAGAUGCUGUGCAGCCCUCGCCCUGGGCAGAGGGUCCCCAAGAGAAAGUCUCCUUCCAGCAGGACCAGGCCAAGGCUGUGGUGCCUGGCUCCCUGGGAGGCCCGGCCGUGGGCGGGGCACUGGUGGGGAAGGAGGAAGGCCCCUGUGAGACCCCUGUACUUCGGGCUAAAGCCCCAGUGAAGAGAGUCACCUGGAACCUGCAGGAGGCAGCAGGCCGCGCUCUGGCUGAGGACAGGGACCUGCGAACACCACUUCACAGACCCCAGCAGCUCCGGGAAGGGGCAUGGGAGCCUGAAGACCGGGGCCCCGUGCUGGACUCCCAGCAGGCACCCUUCCCCGAGCCCCCUCCUGGUUACAUGCUUGCGGAGCCUGGCUUCCCCAACUCGGACCCCGCUCAGGUGGGUGCCUGGGCUGGAGGGAGGAAGGUGGCCAUGCACGUGGGCCCAGCAGGCAGCCCGGCGGGGGCGGACGGCCUCACGGCAGCACCUCUCCUGGCCAGUGCACUCAGCGCACCAGCCGAGGGGCCGAGGGCACCGCCGGCAUCGGAGCUGCACUCAGCGGGCUGUGCCCUUGCCCAGGUCUAUAGCCCCCACCUGCCUCCCGCCCUGCCUGUGCCCCCGAGCGCCCCGCCCUAUGCACCAGUCAGCCAGCCCGCGGUCCAGUUCAUCCUGCAGGGGAGCCUUCCCCUAGUGGGCUGUGGGGUGGCACCAAGCCUGGCCCCAGUGCCCACCGUCCUGACCACAGCCUCAGAGCCGGCUGGCCACGCUGCCGCCACCACCAACUCCGAGGAGAGGUCGGCCGCCCCCCGGCCAGCCCCAGAGAAGGCCAAGAAUGAGGAGUACAUGAAGAAGCUGCACGUGCAGGAGCGGGCGGUAGAGGAGGUGAAGCUGGCCAUCAAGCCCUUCUACCAGAAGCGGGAGGUGACCAAGGACGAGUACAAGGACAUUCUCCGGAAGGCGGUGCAGAAGAUCUGCCACAGCAAGAGCGGGGAGAUCAACCCUGUGAAGGUGGGCAACCUGGUGAAGGCGUACGUGGACAAGUACCGGCACAUGCGCAGGCACCGGAGGCCGGGAGCAGGCGAGGAGCCGGCCACCCAGGGCACCGAGGGCUGAGGCUGCUGCCCUGGUCCCCAGCAGUGCUCUCGGGAAUGGCAGAAGCAGAAAGUUCUGGGGACCCCCCCAGCACCGUUUUCCGGGUUCCUGUGAUCA